AUGAUGGCCUCGUCCUUUUCUCUUAGCGCUGGAUCGCUAUUUCUACUAUCCCUGGCCGCUCCUGCAGCUGCAGCCAGUAAAUAUGGUCUGGUUGAAACCUGGCAAGGCGAAAACUUUUUGAGUUACUUCAACUUCCAUGUCGGGGCGGACCCAACCAAUGGAUACGUCAACUAUCUUGACCAACAAGACGCAGAGAGUGCAGGACUCGUCAAGGUGACCGACUCAGGAAGUGUUUACCUCGGUGUGGACCACAAGACCACUCUCGAUCCCAAAGGCAAAGGGCGCGAUUCGGUGCGCAUCGGCACGAAGAAGUACUACGACAAAUCGCUUGUCGUGGCGGAUGUUGCGCAUAUGCCGGGCAGCGCGUGCGGAACUUGGCCUGCUUUCUGGUCAGUCGGCAAGAACUGGCCGAGCGAUGGAGAGAUCGACAUCAUCGAGGGUGUUAACCUGCAGGAGCACAAUGAGAUCGUGAUGCACACUUCCGGAACGUGUGCCUUGGGUUCCGCCGAAGGAAUGACUGGAGCGAUCAAUGCCACCGGGUGUGGUGAAGAUCUGGGUCCAGUUGGAUGCGUCAUUGAGGGAGAUCAGGGCAGUUAUGGUACUCCUUUCAAUAAGCAAGGCGGUGGUGUCUAUGCGAUGGAAUGGACUUCGCAGUACCUCAAGAUCUGGUUUUUCCCGCGCCAUUCAAUCCCAGCUUCCAUCACCAGUGGAGAGCCGGACCCCAGCGAGUUCGGCCUGCCCAUGGCCCUCGUGCAGGAAGGAUGUGACGUGGCGAACAGCUUCAAGGCGCAGUCCUUCAUCUUCGACGUGACAUUCUGUGGCGAUUGGGCUGGUGGUGUGUUCGGUGAAUCUGGAUGUCCUUUGACGGGUGGAGAUUCGUUCCAGAGCUGCACCAACUACGUCGCCAACAACCCAUCCGCGUUCGAGCAGAGCUACUGGGAAAUCAACUCCGUCAAGGUCUACGAGCUGGGCGCCAAGGGAAUCAACCCCAAUCCCGUCCACAGCUCUUCCCACGCUGCGACUCAGAUCCCCGCUGCGACAUCGGUGUCCGAGGCUCCUGCGAAGGCUCCUCAUACUACCUCUGAGCCUGCCCCAGCAAAGAAUACCGUGCCAGCCCAGGAGACCAUUGCUCCCGGAACUGUUGCUGCUGAACCGACCACCAGCAAGAGUGGCAAGACUAUCACUGUUGACACCACUUCUUACAACCAUAUCACAAGGACUCAGCGCUACGUGACCGAAGUGGUGACUUCCCUGACCACAAUUUGCAUGGAAUCACACAGUGAACCUACUCCAAUCUCCGUCGUUGCCGCCCAGCCCUCUGGUGCUCCGGUGGAACCCUUCAGUGCUCUGCCUGCAUCUCACAGUUCCCCAUCCAUCGCUGUCGAGACUGUCGUGGCAUCGUCCGGCUCUCACGUCCCUUGUCGCUCCAAUGGGAAGCCCUCAUCCCAGGCUCAGCCUAUUCCCACAUCCGCAGCGGCCAUCAAUGCUCCGGCUUCGCCAUUGCCAAUGACCUCUGAAGUGGCUGUUACUGCGCUUCCAAGCAAGCCUGUCCCCGUUGAAACCGCCCCUGUAGUCUCCUCUGCUUCCCAUGUCGCCGCCAUGCCUGCGUCCUCCAAUGGUCCCCAGACCUCGCGACCCUUGAUCCCAGCACCUACCAACAAUGUUGCUGCCGCUCCAUCUGGUAGUGACUAUCACUCUUUCCAAGGCAGCGCCACUUCAGAAAUGGGGCCUGUGUUCACCGGAGCUGCUGAUCGGGUACACGCCGGUGCCAGUUUGUUUAUCGCUGCCAUGGGUCUUGCCCUGGUGAUCUAA